CGCGCUGCAGUCUACUACGGAGCUUUCAUCGGUCCCGCGUGCGCCAUCUUGCUUGUAAACUGCGCCAUCUUCACGCUCGUAACGCGCACGCUCCUGAGCACGAAAACGACGGGAAAAGUUGGCGCGCUCGGCAGCGGAGGCGUCACGUCGGCGCAGGUACGUGGCGCCCUCACCGUGAUGGUGUUGCUCGGCAUCACGUGGGUUUUCGGAGCGAUGGGCGUCGGCGGGGACGCAAAGAUCGUCUUCGCCUACGUGUUUUGCAUCGCCAACUCGCUCCAGGGUUUCCUCAUCUUCGUCGUCCGCUGUCUGCACUAUCCCGAAGCGCGCGCCGCCUGGUGGCAGCUGCUGACGACGCGCACGUUCAAGAAGCGACGCGGUCGUGACGUCAUCUCAUCGCAGUCGCAUUCAGGUGGCGCCACCGGCGGCGGCUACAAGUCGAAGAGCACGUCGGCAAAUUUCUCGGCGAACACGAACAACUCGAACAACAUCGGAAGCGGGAGAGGAGGAAGAGGAGGAGGGAAGAGGGCGGAUGUCCGGCGGCCUAUCCUCGCCGAGAACGGGAUGCUGACGAGGGGAGAGAUCCCAUUUAUCGACAACGAGGACGACGAGGUCACGUACCGGGAACGCAUGUAGGAGCGGGGGCGUGCGUGC